AUGACCGUAGAAAUAAAGAACGACGUUUCCCCACAGCACAAGGCAAUUCUUAAUGAAGGUGCUUUACAAUUCCUUACAAAGUUACACCGUACUUUCAACAACACUAGAAAGCAACUCCUUGACACACGUAAACAACGUCAAACUAACCUCGAUAACGGUAAAAUUCAUCUUGACUUUUUACCUGAAACAGAGCACAUACGUCAAAAUAAAGCUUGGAUCUGUGCACCACCUGCGCCUGGUUUAAAGGAUCGUAGAGUUGAAAUCACUGGUCCAACUGAGCGUAAAAUGGUUAUAAAUGCUUUAAAUUCAGGCUGCAAGACUUUCAUGGCUGACUUUGAAGACUCAAAUUCACCAACUUGGUUUAACAUGAUCGAUGGCCAACUCAACCUUCAUGACGCAAUUCGUAAACAGAUUGAUUUCACCGAUAACAAAUCUGGAAAAUCUUACAAGUUAUCCCCAAAUCCUGCUGUGUUGAUAGUAAGACCACGCGGAUGGCACCUUGAUGAAACCAGAAUUCUAAUUGACGGUGAACCUGUCUCAGGUGGUUUGUUCGACUUUGCAAUGUACUUUUAUCACAACGCUAAGGAGUACAUUAAUAGAGGUUACGGCCCUUAUUUCUACCUCCCAAAAUUGGAAUCUCACCUUGAAGCUAGGCUUUGGAAUGAUAUUUUCAACUUUGCUCAAGAUAGUAUUGAUAUUCCAAGAGGUACUAUCAGAGCAACUGUCCUCAUUGAAACAAUCUACGCUGUCUUUGAAAUGGAUGAGAUCUUAUACGAAUUAAGAAAUCACUCUUCCGGCUUGAAUUGCGGUAGAUGGGAUUACAUAUUCUCUUUCAUCAAAGCUCAACGCGCCAAAAAAUCUUGUGUUUUACCAAACAGAUCAGACGUAACAAUGACAGUUCCAUUCAUGGAUGCUUAUGUCAGAUUACUCAUUCAAACUUGUCAUGGUCGUCAAGUUGCUGCAAUGGGUGGUAUGUCAGCUCAAAUUCCAAUAAAGAAUGAUGAGAAAGCAAAUGAUGCGGCUAUGACUAAGGUUAAGAACGAUAAAGCUAGAGAAGUUAAUGCUGGUCAUGAUGGUACUUGGGUUGCACAUCCCGCGUUAGUUAAGAUUGCUUUGGAUAUCUUCAAUGAUAAGAUGGUUGGACCAAAUCAAUAUCACGUACGUCGUGAGGAAGUUAAGGUUAAUGGAGGUGAUCUAUUAAAUACUCAAGUACCUGGUGAUAUUAGUGAAAGUGGAGUACAUGAGAAUGCAUCAGCAGGAUUAGCAUAUUGUUCAUCUUGGAUUGAAGGCAAUGGAUGUGUACCAAUCAAUAAUCUAAUGGAGGAUGCUGCAACUGCUGAAAUAGCAAGAGUUCAAUUAUGGUCAUGGGUAAAGUACGCAGCCAAGACAAGCUCAGGUAAAGUGAUUAAUGCGAGUUACGUUGAUCAAGUGCUUAAAGAGGAAGGAAAGAAGGUUAAAGGGGUAAAGGAAAGCAGCAUUAACAAGGCAAUUGAGUAUUUGAAUGAUCAAAUCAAGUCAAAUUGGCCAUCAGACUUCUUAACUUCAGAUUUAUUAAAUAUCCUCGAAUCUGGACAGAAGAAGGCGUCUCUUUGA